GCCCGUCCGACGGCCCUCCGAUCAGUGCUGGAUUUCAAAUCAUCGAUUUCUACCCCCUCCUCGAUGGUGCUUUAGCCGUUGAAGAAAACCAGAGGCCGCACCAAGCCCGUAAAUUGAAGCGCAGAGACCAUAGAGAGCUGGCCAGCAAGCACCCAGCGAGCUCUCGGAGAUGUCGCCCACACUCGAAGCACCCGAGCCGGUCCAGGAUGUUCUAGCCAACCCACUCAAGGCCAAGCCUCAGCUCGUUGCGCCGGAACCGGAGCACUGCCCGGGGCCCGAGUCCGAGAAGGCCGGGACGGCCGACUCGUGCGCCGGCUGCCCGAACCAGCAGAUCUGCGCGUCGGCGCCCAAGGGCCCGGACCCCGACAUACCCCUCAUCUCGGCCCGGCUCUCGGGCGUGCGGCACAAGAUCCUCGUGCUGAGCGGCAAGGGCGGCGUGGGCAAGUCGACCUUCACCAGCCUCCUGGCACGCGCCUUCGCGACGAACCCGGACAGCAGCGUCGGCAUCAUGGACACGGACAUUUGCGGCCCCAGCAUCCCCAAGAUGAUGGGCGCCGAGGCCGAGACGAUCCACAUCAGCGGCGCGGGCUGGUCGCCCGUCUACGUCAUGGACAACCUGGGCGUCAUGAGCAUACAGUUCAUGCUCCCCAACCGCGACGACGCCAUCAUCUGGCGGGGCCCCAAGAAGAACGGCCUCAUCAAGCAGUUCCUCAAGGACGUCGAGUGGGGCGAUCUGGACUUCCUCCUCGUCGACACCCCGCCCGGCACCAGCGACGAGCACCUGAGCGUCAAUACCUUCCUUCGGGAGAGCGGCAUCGACGGCGCCGUCGUCGUCACCACCCCCCAGGAGGUCGCCCUGCUGGACGUCCGGAAGGAGAUUGACUUUUGCCGCAAGGCCGGCAUCAGGGUGCUGGGCCUUGUCGAAAACAUGAGCGGUUUCGUCUGCCCCGGCUGCAAGUACGAGAGCCAGAUUUUCCGUGCCACGACCGGCGGCGGCCGGGCCUUAGCCAAGGAGAUGGGCAUACGUUUUCUCGGGUCUGUUCCGCUGGAUCCGCAGAUCGGCAUGGCUUGCGACUACGGGGAGAGCUUCUUCGACAGUUUCCCGGACAGCCCGACCUGUGCUUCAUUGGAGAGGGUUGUGAGGGAGCUUGCCGAGGAGCUCGGACUGGCCCCUGAUAGUAUCCUCCCUCCCAAAGCAUGAAGGGAACAGGGCAAGCGAAAGGCUCGAAUGCAGCAGAUGGAAUAUCAACACGCAAGCUCUGUGAAGAUCUAAGGAGGCAACAACAACAGGCCCGUUAUGCUCGGGCGUUUCUCUGGAGAUCCAGACCAGCCAAACCACCGCUUUCCCCGGCCGAUAAAGAGCACCCUAGCUCGAGAAAGGCUCGAAUCUCCUUUCCAGCGAGACACGCAUUCUCUCGCCAGAGCACGAGACUGACAUCCCUCAUUCCGUGGCGAGCUUCGCCGGAAUCUCCUCGAGAUCAUCGGUAGAUUCGAUAUCAAUGAUCUUGCCAACCUCGCUCGUGUUCCUCAUGAGCUCCUUGGCGCCGGCGUAAAGCAUGCGGAGCUCGCUAUUGCAAGUGAUGGGCAGAUAGUACAACAUGACAUACGGCACCGACAGCCGCCCAGACGGCUAGAGGCACACAUCGCGGCGACGUUAGCACAGAGUUGCGCAGCCGGUGGGAAUUCUGCGUUCGACACAACAAAGACGUGUGCGAGGGAAGAGAAAUCGACCCAGUCUUACAAGGGUGACGGGAUAACUCAGCAGGACGAAACGCGGGGAGUGGUCCGGAAGAUCAUCGCCCAGCUCGUCCAGGCUCUUGUAUACAGUCUGGUCGGGGUCUUGGUGGAUCUCGUGCGUGCUCUUGUCGAUGAGAUCUGGUUCAAGGAGCAGUUACAGUUAGAUGAGCUGUGCAGGACGUGACCGAAACGAAGCAGGGAAGUUGGAAAGAGGGCACGACACUCGAAGGGAUAUGCCAGGUCAGACUACCAUUGGCCAUAAUGCCAGCCGGAUGUAACGCUAGGAAACACAUGUCCGAGGUCUGCACAUACAUAUGACGGCCUGGGGGUCUUUUGCCCUGGACGUCCCCAGUCUGAACUUGCGCAGGUGGUCCUUGCUCUCCUGGGAGAAGGUGUACAGCCUGGAUUCGGAACUCUAAGCGGAUUCGGGGGGUUAGUAGCUGCGACGUCGAUCCAUCGAGAGAGGUGUCGUCAGCACCAGGGGGGCCAGGGAGGUGGUACCAUGGUGAGGGCGGCCGCUGGAUGAAAGAUCCUUGGCAAGAACGCGGGGGCGCGAUGAGUGCAAGCAAGGCAGUUUAUCUAGUCGUUUGACAAAAACAACCUCGGGGGUAUUAAGGGGGGCGCGAUCUGAUGCGGAUAGCAGAUUCUGGCGUCGAGCUUGGUCGGUCGCGGGCAGUCCGUCCAUUCCACGUCGAGGCCAGGGUGCCAGCUUACCCCGCGGCCGCCUCGUGCCCCACUCAAUGACAAC